CUACUGGCUAUGUGAAAAAAGAAACCAAAAAUUGGAGACAAAAACAGAUCAGAGUCCAUUGGAGCCUUGGCAGGACUUCCGGGUCAUGGAGAGCAGUCGUGACAACGUGAGCCUCCAAAACUCAUCAGACUCCGUUAAGUGUUUGUUCUUCAAAGCUUUUUCACGUCUUAACCCCUGAAGAUAGUUUUCUUGGCGUGUGUUGGCAGUUCAUUUCCACAUGACAAGACACCGCACGACGGUAUGGCUGCAGGCUGCAAUCGUGCUAGCCACAGAUGAUUGGCUUUUGUGAUCUGCGUUGAAAGGAAUUUAUCGACAUAUGCCCGAUUAUAUGAUGAUAUAAUGAUUGAUUAAUGUUUUUGACGGAUUGGUGGCCGAUCCAUCGGAGCCUCCCUAAUUUCAUGUAUAGGCAACAGCAAGCUCCUCUGCGACGUGCCAGCAGGUUCCAGCCACUGUAAUUGAUAUGAAGUAGGCUGAGAGGAACUGCUGAAGGUACAAUCUGUAGUACAAGUACAAUGUGUACUUGCUGAGGCUGUCUGUAACGUUGCUUAUCUAUGAGCAUAGACAUCCUUAAUGGCUUUUUAAGUGCUGCCUUUCUCUGAUUUGCCACGCCCACCUAUUACAGGAAGCUUCCAGUAAGACACCGGCGUUGCUCAACUUGGUGUCAUCCUUCCGCUGUGCUGCAGUCUUCAGUCUUCACGACAGGGUAACCGAGGUGAAGACAAACAUCUACGUCACCAGCUUUGGACCAGUUUCAGACACAGACAUGGAGUACACCAUAGAUGUUUUCUUCAGGCAAAGCUGGAAGGAUGAGAGAUUAAAAUUUCAUGGACCAAUGAAUAUUUUGCCUCUUAACAACCUGAUGGCGAGUAAAAUCUGGACCCCGGAUACCUUCUUCCAUAAUGGGAAAAAGUCGGUGGCUCAUAACAUGACGAUGCCUAAUAAAUUGCUGAGGAUCAAAGAUGACGGGACGCUGCUGUACACCAUGAGGUUAACCGUGCACGCAGAGUGCCCGAUGCAUUUGGAGGAUUUCCCCAUGGACUUUCACUCCUGUCCACUUAAAUUUGGCAGCUAUGCCUACACAAUCUCGGAAGUGACUUAUGCUUGGACACGCAAUGCCUCUGAUUCUGUGGUAGUGGAAGGAGAAAGCUCCCGCUUGAACCAGUAUGACUUACUGGGCCAAACGGUUGGACAGGAAACAAUUAAAUCCAGUACAGGUGAAUACACCGUGAUGACAGCUCAUUUCCAUCUGAAGAGGAAGAUUGGCUAUUUUGUCAUCCAGACGUACCUCCCGUGCAUCAUGACUGUCAUUCUCUCCCAAGUGUCUUUCUGGCUGAAUAGAGAAUCAGUACCAGCAAGGACUGUGUUCGGUGUCACCACAGUGCUGACGAUGACAACACUGAGUAUAAGCGCUCGCAACUCUCUCCCCAAGGUGGCAUACGCCACCGCCAUGGACUGGUUCAUUGCUGUCUGCUACGCUUUUGUCUUCUCCGCUUUGAUUGAGUUUGCCACCGUCAAUUACUUCACCAAGCGAGGCUGGGCCUGGGAUGGAAAGAGCGUGGUGACUGACAAGAAAAAGGAGCGGGCGUCCGUCAUCAAGAAGAACAACGCCUACGCUGUAGCAGUGGCCAAUUACGCGCCAAACAUCACCAAGGACUCCGGCACGCUCCCGACCAUCGCCAAAGGAGGCUCUUCGGAACCCAACAAGGCCAAAGCAGACGGCAAAGCCCAGGAGAGCAAGAAAACGUUCAAUAGCGUUAGCAAAAUUGACAGGAUGUCAAGGAUUUUGUUUCCUGUCCUCUUUGGCUCCUUCAACCUGGUUUACUGGGCCACCUACUUAAACAGAGAACCCGUCAUCAAGGACAUGGUGCCCUCCACUUAAGAGGCCAGCUUUAUGGAGUUCUGGUCUGAGGAGUGAGAACCAAAUACCUCCAGCAACUGUGUGUACAUACUUUUGCAGAGUGACGUCCCGGAUUGCAGCGUGAUCCUCUAUCUCCGCCUAUUUUCUACACCGUCUGCAGCACUUUUGACAACUCUGGCUUUUGUAAAUGUGUAUGUCUAUUUAUAUUCAAUGUUUCAUUGUGUGAUGACUUCAAUUAGAAUGUGUAUGUUUUUCCGGUGAAAGUAUGUGACCACUGUACAUACGGUAUCAGUAAGAGACACUGAAUUUCAUUUCAAAUGACUUCUCAAUCGUUUGAAUUUUCUUGUAGUGUCCAUUGGCUUGGUGUUUCUAGAUAUACUUUGGAGUGAAAGAGAUUUGAUUUUGUUUUGCCAUCUCAAAGUGGCCUCACUUUUUCCUGUCCAGCCAAUGCAAAAACCCGCCUGUAUGGUAUUGUUGGAGAAUAAAGGUUUUACUAACUGUGACUAAGGGUAUGGGGACCCGAUCACCAUUCAAAAUAUACUCAGUGUUUCAGCAAUCCAAAUUUUUGAUGAAAACAUUUUUUCAAUUGUAAAAAUCCCCUAAAGGUUGAGAUGCGCAGAAAGUGGUCUGAGGUCAAUUUCAAUUUGUUGGAGGAAGCAGGAAGUGUUUCUUACAUGGAGAGAUUUUUUUACACCCUUACUCACACAUUACAAACACACAGGAGCUUAUCAACCUCACUCACAGUGCAACCAAAAAAAACACAUGUGGAACACACAAUGUAACUGCACCAUACGGGUAUGGAUGUAAACUAGGGAUAUCGGCCUGAUAGCAGCAUAAAAAUGGGAUACCGGUUGAUAUCGGAAUCAUAUUUUUUCCUGAUCAUAAAAAACGAUAUUUUAAAAAAUGCUGUACACAGCACGUGUGUUCAUUCCAACACCCGGAGAUAUGUUGUGUUACACAUAUCGAUAUCGGCUGAUAUCGGGAUCGGACAUCUUACACACUAAUACACAUGCAAAAUAAUGCUAUUUAAAACUUAUUUACAACCCUCUAGGCAUGCUGGGAAGCCCAUGUGCACACUUCCACAACAGGGAGUUACCCAGCAUACCUUGAGGGUUAUACAUUAGUAUACAAAGAUAUUAUUUUGCAUGUAUUGUGUGAGGCUAACUUAAAAACACACCUGAUCUGCACUGAUUUUGAGUUCUAAUCCUAAAAUUGCAUAUUCACGUCACAUAACAAUAUUUUCAUCUUGCCUUUUUUUGCUGAAUUUGAUCAGCAGUAUAGUUUUUUUUGUUUUAGUGUAGUUAGGUUUUUGAAAAUCCGUUCAUAAAUUUACUAUUAUAAGAGUUUAUUUUGAUACACACAUACUCCGCGUGUAUAGUUUGGUUGCACCGUGAGUAAGGGAGGCAUGUGGGUUGAUAAGCUCCUGUUGGUUUGUGUCGUGUACGGGUUGUCAAACAGUUUCAACACUUCCUGAAGCAUUUUGAUGUCAUAUCACCAUGGACGUAGCCCUGGCUUCAUUAGAGUGUCAUGUCAUGUUACGCGUGUCAUAAUUACUCACGUCUUCGUUUUUGCUCGUCUGUGAACACGGCCCCUAGAAUAGCGGGGGAUCCACAGUUCAAUAAAUUUCAUGCAUUAGGAUGCAUUCAUACAAGUGGCCACCAGGGGUGAAAAAAACACGGCCAACAACUGACAUCCAGGUAGACAUGGUCUCUCCAACGUGUCCUGGGUCUUCCCUGAGGCCUCCUACUGGUCGGACGUACACUGAACACCUCCCCAAAGAGGCGUCCGACGAGGCAUCCUGACCCGAUGCCCCGAGCCACGUCAUCUCGUUCCUCCCAAAGCUCAUAAGCAUAGGUCAGUGCGGGAACGUAGCGCGACCAAAACAUUGCAUUUGCAAUAUUCUUGUUCAAACAUAUUAACAUUUCUUUGUGUUGUAUUAUCGACUUAUAUUGUUUUGAUUCGUUGCUGGAGUUUCAAGUGAAAAAAGUGUCAACCAUUUUUUUUGUCACAAUCCUUUGCUGGUGUUAAAGUGGGAGGCUACUGCAGUAUUGAUUUAUUGUGGUGUGUGAAACACUUCAUCCGACAUCUCAGAGGGGAUGAAACACCCUAAGCCCCAUAUCUGGAGCCACACAUUAGAAUAUUCUGCUUUAUCUAUCGGAUUGAUCCUUUCUGGUUUUAGUUUGUUUAAUCAAAGGUUGCAUGACUUACAAAUCUUGCUUGCUUUCAUUUUCUUACCUUGCCUAGUAUAUUUUUUACACAUGUUCUUAAACAUUCCAGAUAAGAAUGAUUGUUUACAAUGUGGAUGCUUGAUUCAGUGCACACUUUUUAAUAAAACACAUCACAUGCACCUGCAUUGUUUGUU